AUGGGAAAUUCUCAUCCAAAGUUCAACAGCAAUGCCCAUGAAAAGCCCCUCGAGGAAGAAGAAGAAGAACACCAAAAUCCUUCCACAUUCACUUGUGAAAUAUGCAUAGAACCCAAUACGUCGAGUCGGAAGUUCAAGAAUGGGGGAGCCUGCUGUCACCCAUUCUGUGCCGACUGCAUCGCCCAGUACGUCCACGUCACCGUCGCCGACCACGGCUUUCCCGAUGUUAUAUGUCCCGGCCUGAGAUGCGGACGCCUCCUGGACCCCCUCGCUUGCCGGCAGAUACUUCCGGCGGAGCUCUUCGUGAAAUGGUGCGACCUCCUCUGCGAGAAGGCCGUUGUUAGGCUCGAAAAGUGCUACUGCCCCUACCGCGAUUGCUCCGCCCUGAUCGUCGACGAGUGCGGCAGGCGCGGAGGGAGGAAGAGCUCGGAGUGCCCCGUGUGCCGGAGAGGGUACUGUUUCCGGUGCAAGGUCCCCUGGCACGCCGGGUACCGGUGCCGGGAAAGUGGGGAAGUCAGAGACCCGAACGACGUCAUGUUUGGGGAAUUGAUGGAAAGGAAGGAGUGGGUGAGAUGUCCUGUGUGUGGACACUGCGUUGAGCUUCGCUCUGGUUGCCCUAAGGUCAUUUGCAGGUGUGGGACAGAAUUCUGCUAUGCAUGUGGAGGGAAGAUUUCAUCAUCAUCUUGUUCAUCUUACUUAAGGUCAGGGUGUAGGUGCAACUGGUGGAAUUGGGAUCCCUUUCAUGACUUCAUGGUGCUCUAUCUUUGCCUAGUUGCUGUGGCUUUGUUGCUUGUGGUUUGUUCCAUGACUGUAAUAGGUGCAUCAGACUCCAAUGGCUAA